AUGAGCGAGUUUCGUUUAGCCCCAGACCCUAGCAGAGAUCAGUUGGUUAUUCCUCGUCAUCUUCCGAGCAGGAGUAAAGUUACUCGUACACCUACAAUGACGGAGUUGCUUUUAGGUAAAGGCAAUAGCUCAGAUCAGUCACCUAUUCCUUCCUCUCAAGAGCUUGCUUCGUCUCAAGAUAUCCCCAUGUCUCAAGAACGUGCAUUCAAUGGAAGGUUGGCAGUUAAAAGAUCUUGCAAGGCGGCUGAAUGGGAGUUUAUUAUAAAAUGUGUUGGUCAAGAUUUUUAUGGAGGACGAGAUGAAGCUCGUCUUGUUGUUGAGAAAUAUAACCAGUUUUUUGGUCGCAAAGUCAGAGUCGUCAAGAGCAAUCCAGAACGGUAUACGGUGGAAUAUUUUUGCAAGGAGAAAUUUACUUGCGAAUGGAUGUUCCAUGCAGCUCCGAAGACUUCCAAUAUGAAGGGUCAUUUAUUCCUCAAGACCUAUAACGGGGAACAUACAUGUUGUGCUGGUUAUAGUGACGGAACAAAGGUUGAUCCGGUUACGCGCGAACUUGUCAAGAGCUUGAUAUUUGACCAGAUCGAACAAAAUCCCAACAAGAAAGUCAGGGAUAUUGUUAGAGAAUUCAAAAGUGAUUAUGGGUUAGAAUUGAGCUACGAUCAGGUGCAUGCCGAGAAAGAAUUAUGUUUGAAGGAAUUGUAUGGCGAGGACACUAAAUCAUACACCGACUUGGUUUGGUGGUGUGAAGCCGUGAAGAAACACGAUCCAGGUAGUGGGGAUGAUUUAGUUAUUGAAGAGGGCCAGUUUAAGAGUUUGUUCUUAGCCUUCGAUGCUUGCAUCUCAGGUUUCGAAUAUUGUCGCCCGGAAUAUUUCCUCUGGCAUACGGUAUCGUAUCAGCAUUUGAAGAAUAAUGUCCGCGGUAAGACCAACAGGAAAAAGGGAGAGCAUGGUGCUGCGAUAGAUUUGUUCAAACAAUGUUUGUAUUCAUCAAUGCAUGAAGGCUUUCAUCAAGGUAUGCAAAAGUUGAAGGAUAUGGGAUGUGAUGGUCUUCACAAAUUCUUGAGUGACCUUAAAGUGGAAUGUUGGUCCAAUGCACAUUGUCUGGGAUGUCGUUAUGGCGACAUGUGUUCAAACAUUGCAGAGUCGUUCAACUCUUGGAUUAAAGAAGCAAAAGGUAUGCCUAUUGAAACACUUGUUAACUGGAUUAGACUUAAAAUUAUGGAUCAGAUGAGUAAAAGGAAGUUUAAGGGGGCGACGUAUAAAGGAUUCAUUUGUCCCAGGAUAGAGAAAAAAGUGACGGCUUCCAUUCGUGCUGGUGUCCACUGGAGAAUAACCAAGUCUGGUGACAUGGAGUGCGAAGUUUUUGAUGGAAAGCACACACAUGCUAUCAAUGUUUACGAGUACAUUAAUCCGUAUUUCAGCAUUGCUAGCUUCCGUGCUUCGUAUGAUUGUCCUAUCAAGCCCAUUCCCGAUUACGACAAGCCUAUUGAUGUUGCUACUGGAAAUCUCGUGAAUCCACCAACUGUCCUAGGAAAAAAACCUGGUAGGCCGAAGAAGAAGCGGAUUCCUAACACUGGUAGCGCAAGUUUCAAGAGACCAAUUACGUGCGCCUCUUGUUGCACAUUUAAGAACCUGCCAUACUAUGAUUUCUUUAUUAGUUUAUUCUUCUCUGCAGCUUCUUGUUGCACAUUUUAA